GCCAAUUUGAUCAAUUUGACCAAUUUGACCGUGGUCAAGUUACACUUUUAGCUACUGAUAAUCAAUCAGACCAAUUUGACCACGGUCAAAUCAGCCGAACUGGUCAAUUCUCAUCAUUUAUAAGUUUUAGCUGA